GCCCCGGCUCGUCGCGCUGCGCCUGCGUCUGGAUGGUGGGCGCCAUCUUCGCACCGCCACUUCCGGCGCGCUCCCAGCGACGUCACUCCCCGCCGCGCCGCGCGCCGGAAGUGAAGCGGCCCCGGGGACGACAAUGGCGGCGCCGCCGCCUCAGCCUGGGCCCGGCCCUGGGCCUCCCCCCGCACCUCCCGCGGGGCCGCCCGGAGCGGGAGCGGGACCCGCAGCGGCGGCAGGAGCGGGGCCGGGCCCCCCCCCAACGGUCGGGGCCGCUCCGGGCCCCGCGCUCCCCGCGCAGGCCGCGCAGGCGCAGCAGGACUUCGAGCCCGUGCAGCGCUUCCGGGUCCUGCUGCCGCAGCUGAAGGAGAGCCUGCAGAGCCUGAUGAAGGUGGCGGCGCAAAACCUGAUGCAGAACUGCAGCAUCGACAGCGGCCAGAAGAGCGCGGACGGGGCCCUGCAGCGCUUCGACAAGAGCCUGGAGGAGUUUUAUGCUCUCUGUGACCAACUGGAGCUGUGCCUGCGCCUGGCCCACGAGUGCCUCUCCCAGAGCUUCGACAGCGCCAAACACGCCCCCGCCCUGGUCCCGGCGGCCCCCAAGGGCGAGGGGGGGGGUGGUCCCGGGGAGCCCCCCCUGCCCUACACCCAGUACCUGCCCCUCAUCAAGGCCCAGAUCGGGGGGGCCAAGGACAUCCACAACGCCCUCCUCGAGGGGGCCAACAAGAUCACGGGCAAGCUGCCCCCCCCGGGGGGGCCCUGAGGGAGCGGGACCCCCGGGGAUGCCCCGAAACACGGCUGGGGAGGGGGGCGAGGGGGCUAAAGGGGGUUUUGGGGGUGGGUU